UCCCUCAGCCCACCCUGAGAGCUCAGGCUGCCGAGCCCUUUGCCAGUGGGACCUGAGGUUCCUGACCUCGGGUAGAUCCCUGUUGAGGCAUCCUGCUGAGGGCACAUCCCAAUGAUCUGAAAAGUCUUGUUCCUAUGGUGUCAGCAGUUAUUUGGGAGCACACAAAAGGAAAGAUGAGACCCUAUUCUUACGCAGAAUUAAUCACUGCUUGCUCCAAAUGCUCAAGGACUGGCUCUUAAUCACAGCAGGUUCAUAAGGGCAAUAUUUUUAGGAUGGCUGGCAAAACAGUUCGCUAUACUUUCUUGCAUCCAUUAGCUUUCAAGCAAACUUAAGCUUAACUGGGGAGAAAGGUGGUAGUUUGCUCUUUUGGAGGGAGGGAUAUGUGCUUUUUGGAGUGGAUGUUGUGGACACCUAUACUGAUACUGCCUCUUGUACACCUCCAGUAAUUAUUCAAGAAAGAAUCCAAGUCCCCUUCAGUAACACCACUUAUUAGCUGCAUAGGAAAAGAAAUUAUGUGCUGUACCUUGUGUUUGCUAUGCAUGUACAAACAAUUUUUAGAAACAAGUGUUUCUGGAUGUUGGCAUCUAGUAACAUCAUAACUGAAUUUAGCCCAUCAUGUCUGUAAGAGACAAGAUUAUCACUUUGUACAUGGUUAUUUGUACCCAUGAGAUUGGUAUAUGUUCAUUUGGCAAUAGGAGGUUAUUAAAACUGAGAAGGGGAAAGACCUAUUCUUGCUUUGAUUUAGAGUGAUUUCAAAGUCAGACUGAAGCUGAGAUCCCAUUCUCUUUACAUCAUAACUAUAACAUAUAGCAAUAAGCACCUAGUGCCAUUUAAAUUAUUGUGUCGCAAAAUACAUAAAUCCCUUUAAUUUUCUUGUGAUCAUAUAAAAAAUCAUAUAUAAAUUUCUCAGAACUAAAAUGUGGCUCAAGAGACAGGUAAGGGCAGAGGUAGAAAGCUGGUCAGUUUGCUAUUACAGAGAACCGUGCUGGGGUUUAAUUUCACACUGUAAAAGCAUAUUGAGGUCCUUGGAAAACAUCAUUCACAGGCAGAAUAAGUGUUUCUCUUACUGAAAAUAAUGAUGAUUUCUUCUUCAGUUAUUGUGUUAUGAAAACCAUGGGAAAAAAGGAAAAUCACCAGACUGACCUUUUUUGCAACUGGAUGUGUGGCUUCACAAGAAGUAGAUUCUCUUGACGUGACAGAGAUAGUAGUGGCCAAUAGAUACGUUAUUAUCUUUACAGGACAGGUUUUGGAAUAUGCAUACAGGUACUGAGAAAGUUUUUUAUGUCUUAGCCUGAAAAUUUUUCAUUAUAGUCAGAAGCAACAUGGCUUUCGAUUUUUUCCCUCUUUCUGAUGGUCACUACUUUGUAUGUCCAAGUAGCAAAACCAGAGCUUUGAUCCUGCCUAAGAGAGCCUGUAUUUCUACACUUGUGUUGCACGUUUGAAAGAUGUGUUCCAUGAAGAGAAACUAAUGAUAACACACAAAAAUUAAGCCUUCAGAGCCAUGCAGUGUGUUGAAGGCACCGAGCGGUGCAGUGCAGCUGACAGUGCCAUGUAACUUCUUUUGCUAAAAUUUCUGAAUGUUGAUUUUAAUUACAAAGAUUGAAUGCACUUCUACACCUUCAUGGUGGAGCAAGCCACAGUUGGGUUUUAGCUUCCCAGUGGUAAAUAAAAUAAUCAUAACAACACACCCGAGCAUAAGGGAGGUGCAGGAACUGCACGUGGGGCUUCCUUUGAAACAGAAACGUAGGGGCAGCCUUGACAUGCAGGACCGACGACCCAUCUUGUCUGGUGUUCUGUCUCUUGGAGUGCAGACUACCAUGUCCUUCUGAGAGGGAUGUGAGGAACAUCAGAACAGACAGGCACCAAGUCAGCUGCUCACGAAGAGCAGUCCUUCCAAGCCACUCACAAAAGAGAGGCUCUCUCGUGGCCUUUUAAGAAGGAGUAAGGCUAAGAGGAGGUGGCAGUGAGGUGCUUGUUACUAUCAACUCCUUCUCAGUAAACCGCAUCCGUUUUUCAGGCGUGUACACUAGAAUGUGAAGGAAAGCUGCCUUCUGCCAAAGCCUGGGAGACCUGCAAGGAGCUCCUGCAACUGGCGAAGCUGGAUCUUCCUGAGGAUGGCAACAUUGCUCCAGGAGACAGGAAGGAGCUGGACGAGAACCAUCUGCUCGCAAAGAAGUACGGAGGCUUCAUGAAAAGAUACGGGGGGUUCAUGAAGAAAAUGGAUGAGCUCUAUCGGGUAGAACCGGAGGAUGAAGCUAACGGAGGAGAAAUCCUGGCUAAGAGGUAUGGAGGGUUUAUGAAGAAAGACUCGGAUGACGAUGCCCUUGCUAAUUCCUCUGAUCUGCUGAAGGAGCUUCUUGGAACAGGGGACAACCCCGAAGCGGGGCAUUACCGAGAGAUAAACGACAACGACGGGGACGUCAGCAAAAGGUACGGAGGUUUCAUGAGAAGCGUAAAGCGCAGCCCCGAGUUGGAAGAUGAAGCCAAAGAGCUGCAAAAGAGAUACGGUGGUUUCAUGAGAAGGGUGGGCAGGCCAGAGUGGUGGCUGGAUUACCAGAAACGAUACGGUGGGUUUCUUAAGCGCUUCGCCGACUCCAUUCUCCCUUCAGAAGAAGACGGGGAAACUUAUUCCAAAGAGGUCCCAGAGAUGGAAAAGAGAUACGGUGGAUUUAUGAGAUUUUAAUACCUUUCCCUUUAUCCCUUUUGUCCUAAAUGAGAAAGACUGCCUUACUGGUCAUAACUUAUUGUAACGUGUUGCUUGUACUGUACAGUUUUUUACUGUCCUUGGUUAAUGAUGCAACCUGCGAUUUGUUGUUUCAGGUUCUGUGUUCUUUCAAGUCAAAUAACUAAUUUCUGUUUUAGUCAAGUUUCAGUCUGUAUUGUAGUUUCCAUGCUAGAACUAUUUUGAUUACUGUAUUCAUUUUCUUUAAAGAGGAAGUACAUCUACAGUAGAGUUGCUUAACUGUAUAUACAAUAAAUUCUUCAUCCUAACUGCA